CAGCCUGGGUCCGCCGGCACCAGUUUUGGCCCGAGCCGGCGAAAAACGGGCUUCUGGGGGCGCGACCGGGGCCUUUUUUUGACGCCGGCGCGUCAAAAUCAUCUGGGAAGGGCCUGUUGGGGGCGCGGCUGGAGAUGCCCUAAGGAAGCGAGCACAACUCAAAGUCAAAGCUUGCUAGAAAAGCAGCCGCAGCUACUAAUUAAGCUCUCUAGCACCUGCACUCAAGACCGGGGCAGCCUGAUGGAGCAGGUGACGAAGCUAGCGGGGCAGCGGGCGGUGGUGAUCUUCGGCAUGAGCUCCUGCUGCAUGCGCCACACGGUUACGAGCCUCCUCCGGGAUCUCGGGGCGAACCCGACGGUGGUGGAACUGGACGAGGACUCUAGGGGGAAGGAGAUGGAGAAGGCGCUGGCGCGGCUCAUCGGCCGGAACCCUGCCGUGCCGGCGGUGUUCAUCGGCGGCAGGCUAGUCGGAUGCACCGACAAGGUCAUGUCCCUUCACCUCAGCGGCAAGCUUGUUCCACUGCUCCGUAAUGCGGGCGCGGUCUGGGUGUAGUGCGUGCGAGGACUUUGUAGAUAUUCGGCCUGAUGCAUUGGGCGCCAGAGAAUUAUGUAAUACACGUAUGUGUACGUGCUCUGUUAUCCUUUCCUGUAUCAGGUGAUGAUAGACUUAAGGAAACCAUGCAGGUCUUUUUACUAAA